UACUAACGCUUCAGAGUUGUCCAUGGCAGAUCGUUUUGUUGUGUCUACCCUCCGUUGAUGCGAGAGAGCUUAGCGCCUUUCUACACUUUUCAGAAAUUAGCACUUUAACAUUAUCUUGUUGAGACUGGGAAGUUUGAAGUCCAGGAUAUUUCACUACUCGAAGUACUAAAGCUCCUAUGAGAUUUUUGAUUGACUUCUGCGAUCAGCGAUUUUGAUCACACUACCAAAUUACAGCUAUCAAUAUUUGGAACAACCCGAGAGAGUGCAUUUUUGCGAAGGAAUGAUGGAUCCGAAGGGUAAUGAAACGCCUCUUUUAACUAAGAUUAUCCGUCGCUUUAGAGCGCAAUGCAACAAAACCAAACGAUGCACGAAAUAUACUGAAGUGGACUGUUCUUCAAAAGACCAGAAUGAUACUGACCAAGUACCAAGAGACGCCAAAGGGAAUGACCAUUUUGGAUGUCACUGUGUUUCUUCUUGUCACAAAAGUCCAGGCGGUCAGAUUUCCCCUGACUUCGUAUUUCAGCCAGUCUCAGACAGUGGUAGAGAAGUUUUUUUCCCAACGACGCUUUGCCAGAACUCUGGAAUGCCUGAUGAUUAUUCAGGUUUGUGCAAGUUACUUGAUCAGCUUCAUAGGCUUUCCCAUCCAAAACCAUGCAAGCGUGAUUCCCAAAUUCAAACGGACCCACUACCGAACCUUCCUCCUCUUGGUUUUCAAGAACACAUUCUUUCUGAGAAUACUAAUACUAAUAAUAACAAUACAAGUCCCGCUCGAAUUCAAACCCUUUAUUAUACACAUGCAGCUAAAUUGCACUAUCCAACGCAACCUGAAAAUAGUAAGCGAGAGUCAUUUGAUCAAGCCAACUCCUCAGAAUGUUCCGCAAGUUCAGUUGAGCGAAGGACAAGCGCCUCGCGAACACUGAGUGAACCGUCUCUGCAAAAGAGCACACCCACUAGUCCGGGGAUGGGGAAUUUUCAAUUUGACCAUGUUGAUUUUAGACUCAGGACGUCUAGUUGCAUGUUAGCGUCGCCCACUAGCAGUGAUUUAAGCCAUCCCGGCGAGUAUCAGCGUAACUUUGUGACUCCUGAUCGUGAGCAGUGGGACCAGGAAUCCACUUCUACUCCGCUGGCCUAUGGCUAUAGAUCACUAAGAACUCAGAGUCAAUCUACACCAACCCACGAAAAUAACCUGGACGAUUUUGUUCUUGAACAUAGACGUCGCUCCUUGUCCGAUUCUUAUGCGUUCGAAGGUUUGCGGGCGACGCGGAGUGAGAAAAAGAACAAGAUGAAGAGAAAUGGGUCAGCUAGAGUGAAUGGAGUUAUUCCGCACCAUGAAUGUAAAAGGAAAUAUAUGCUAGCAUUGGAGGACAAACAUUCAAAGAAAACGGCAUUUUCAAGUUUCCUUGAUAAAAUGCCAAAGCUAAGUCUACUUAGACGAUUCAAGGAAAAACCGAUGCAGUACGAUAGCGUGCCUGACCUUAGUAAAUUUGAUACUCCACGGGCAAGAUUAAUGAAAGGUACAGUUAACAGAAAUGUCCGUUCACAUGAGCAGCUUGACAAGGCUGGUCUGAGACAACGACGCGCUUUUCUAUCCAAGACACAAGGAACCAGUUCCCAACAUUCCGAUUGCGGCUACAUUGACCCUGAUAUAGUAUCCCGUAAUUUUAGCAAAAACAACGCGCUUUUUCUUUCCAAGCCUGUUAGGAAGACCAUGUCUUGCAACUCUUUUGACAACACUGUUCCAAGUGGCUCUAAAAAUGCUAAAUUAUACCGAAGAUCCUUACAUUUACCUGCCCCUAGAUCCUGCGAUCUGGCGGAUGUUAACGUACGACCAGACAACAAUGAAUUCUAUAUGACAUUCGACCCAGAUUGGAACCCACCUUGUCAACCAUCAACAUCACAAAUGCCUCUGCACUCACCAGCUACCCCAUUAGAAUCACACGGAGUGGCGCAGAGGAACUGGAGACAGGCCAUUGCGGAUGGACAGGAGUCAUUCUACGAGAAACUUGGCGAUGUCACAGAAGACAAUGGUUACCAAGUACCCAUUCCAAGAUCCCGUCUAUCUAUCUCACCGAGCAGACACCUAUUGAAGCAGAGCUCUUUGACCAACCAAGACAACCGGAAGUACAUGCCUCUGCCACCAUUACCAAGUGAACACACAAAACAAGACAUCUACCAGGAAAUCCCAGCCGAUUCCGUAUUUUUACCUAUCCGGACGUCACCGCCGCCGGGUUCCCCAGCUUUCGGUGUCAACGCUAUCCACCGGGACAACUAUGAGUAUCAACCUUGCGAUGACAUGCAUCAUGGAACCGUACCCCAAUCGAGGUCGAGGUUUGUACCAUUUUCUCCGUCCAGUUUACCAGGUAACCAUAUGCCAUCAUCUCGAUCAUCAGGACAUGGAAAUGUCUUCUUCCCUGAAGAGCACCUGGUUAAGAAGCUUCCGGUUGUCUCUGAGAAUGGAACGCAGAGACGUCUGGACAUCAUCCCAUUGCACCGGACAGAAGUUUCUAAAGAUGCAACGGUUACGAUGGACAUGCCGUUACACUCUCCUCCGGUGAAUGUAGCACAUCAUAAGUUGAGACACACUUUAUCGUGCGAAUCGGGUUCAGGUCACCAUCCUACCUUAUCGACAGAACCGAAAGGGUGUCCUGGAAGGGAUAAAAAUUCUGCAGGAAAAGUCAAGAUACCACCGAUUUUCCUUCAGCAAUAAACGUCAUUUUAAAGAAUUGAUACAUUAAUGAGCACAAAAUCAACACCGGAGAUGCAUUCUGGAGAGGUUUGUAGACCCACCCCACUUCCGCAGUACUAUCCUAGUACUACUGUGCACCAGCUUGGCCCCGGACUUGACGCAUCACAGAGAAAACAUAUUGAGAGGAUACAAAAACGUGCAUUUAGCCUCUUUUUCGGGCCUGCUUUCCAAGAUGAUGACCUCUAGAAGUGCUCAACCUACAUGAGUUCCUGACAAAUGGAGGAAAGGACUAUAAUGAGACUAGCGAAGGGCGUGGGUCUUCAUCCUUCCCCUCUUUCAUGACCUCCAAUUCGUGAGGCGGUCCACAAACGGUCAACAUUGCUCAACAGCAACAAUUAAGUACACUGAGGUGCUGACCUUUUAUCCAACAAGUCCUAUUUCAUCCGACAGUUUCCAUAGUAAAUUACAUUGCUUCUCAGCUUGCCAAUCAAAAUCAAGGAGAGUUGUCAGAUCUGACAACUUGUCGGACAAAAAAAGUUGUUAAAACGCUCCCCAGAACGCUGUAGCAAAGCGUAAUCUCACACAGAGUCCGACUAUUCAACAAGCAAUCUUUAUGUGUAAAUAAUGUACAAAAGGGUCAUCGUGGAUCAUUUUCUUUCCUAAAUGACACUUAUCAUUGAUCCAAAGGUUUUCAGAUUCUCAUGUUAUAAGUAAGCCAACAUGGCCCUUCUUAAACCUAACCUUGUCAAAAGAUUAGUGAUUAGUGAACAGUGUGGUGUAUUCUUAUUAAUAAAAAUAAAUGAACUACAUCGUCUAAUUUCAUGGCGUUUCCUUUCAAUUUUGAUUUUUGUUAACGACACUAUGUACCAAAUAAAAUCAUGAUAAUAAGCCAAUUAUAAUUGCACAUCUUUUUUGUUUAAUCGGCAUACUUUUUUAUCCAAUCUAUUUAUGCUACAUCCUUACUUAUCCUUGUAUAGCCGGAAACUGUUUCAUCUGUCAUAGGUUUAAUGUCAUUUGUUAUUUCUUUUUAAGCCAGGUGUACCUGAUUGGUUUACAUUGUAUGUCCUUAUAAAUUGCUCUUGUUUCCUGCAUCCUAAGAAUAUUAUUAUCAAAUCUGUCACGGUCUGAUUUGCCAUUCUUCUUCGCCUUUUCGUGAUACAUGUACUCUUUAAAUGCGAAGAGCUAUAGUCUAGUUCCUAAUCACACUCCUUUUGGAGUGAUGCUAGGGACCAAUCCCUUUGGAGUACAUAAUGACUCCUUUUUUUGGAGUAGACUACAAAAAGAGGCAAGUUACUGCUUUCCCCAUAUGUGUAUUUCUAUUAUAUUCUUAUUUUUUUAAUUUGACCAAUAAACAAUGAUUUUAUUACUUUUACAUGUCAUUUUUGUUAUGAUUA